GUGCAAUUCCUCUAGUCCACUACGGCACUAGCGUCGGCGAUUGAAAGUGCAAAAGCUGUACUCCGCGCCUCCACCGCGCUGGCAUUAAGCUCUUAGGCGUCCAGACAGUCCGGCCUGGCCUAUACUCAUCCGCCCGAGAACGUCGACUAGUCGUAAAAUGACUGUCUCAACGUAUAGACACAGGUUACACACACAAAUGCGGCAUGGCAUCUAGGCCGACUGCAGCGCAUCAUUGCGGAUUUUGAACUCGUAAGUCCGGCUGGAGCCAAACUCUCACGAAGGGAGGAAACGUAUAUUACAGUGGCUUUGAGCCCGCUUUGAGCCAUGUUGAAGUCACCGCGACACUCUCCUUCUUAUCUUGGUUGAAACAAAUCCCUAUAUCACCCACAAUGCAGUCCAUGGCCAAAGAAAUUGCUCUUAUCACCGGGGCGAACAGCGGCAUAGGAUUUGAGAUCGCUCACCAGCUCCUUAAACGGGGUCGUUAUCACGUCCUCCUUGCCUCACGAUCGACUACGAAAGGGUCGGCCGCCCUCGAAGACCUACAAGCACGCAAGCUGUCAGGUAGCAUCGAGCUCGUGCAUCUGGAUGUGCAAGACGACGACCACAUCGCGCAAACCGCAACGCUCAUUGAGAAGAAGUACGGCAAACUCGACAUCCUCUUCAACAAUGCUGCAGUCGCGCUGCCUGAAGGCUUAACGGAGCGCCAACGCUUGGCCACGGCUUUCGAUGUGAACGCAACGGGCCCAUGGCUUCUCACCAAUGCACUUGUUCCGUCGCUGAAGAAGAGUAAGAAUCCGCGCAUCAUCAACAUCUCGUCAGGAGCUGGAUCAAUCGGUCGCCGUCUCUCCCCCGAGAGCCCAAUGUACAAGAUCCAAGCCGUUCCAUACCGCGCUAGCAAGGUCGCCUUCAACAUGCUUAGCUCGUGUAUGUAUGUAGAGUAUGGGCUGGGUGUUCCUCAGGUGGACUUUGAGAAUGCUGGAAAAGGCGAUGCUGAGGCUGCAGAAGAGGAAGGCAACGUCAAAAUGAAGGUAUUCUGCUACGACCCUGGCUUCACAGCUUCGAAUCUAGGCCCUCACAACAAGGUGGAGUUUGGUGCAAGGAGUGCGGAGGACACUGUGAAGAGCAUUAUGGAACUUGUUGAUGGGAAGAGAGAUGAGGAAUGUGGCAAGUUUAUCCAUAAUACAGGAGGUUACCCAUGGUAG